AUGCUUAACAUUGUUACAAUCCACGCCAUAAGAAAAACUCCGUCCUUGUCAAAGAAUUUAAAAACAUUGCUUCUGAGUCAAGCUAUUUCCGAUCUUGGCGUUGGCUUACUGGUUCAGCCAAUCUUCGUUGCACAACUUGUUGUGGAAUCGACGCAAGACAAUGAGAGCAGUAACUCUUAUAACGUCAUCUAUAUCGCGAGGCUUAUCACAACGAGUUUUUUUUAUUUCGCUACGUUUCUUAUCGUCAUAGUUUUGUGCGCAGAGAGAUUCGCUUCUAUUCACUUUUAUCUCAGAUACCAAGAACUUACGACAUACAGGCGCGUUGUUGCUGUGGUGGUCUCAAUUUGGGUAUUUAGCGGCCUUAUUUCUUUUAUAAGGCUGUUCAUCUCAAAGAAAAUUAUGUAUCUGGUUUUUGGUGUUAUUGAUUCUGCCUGUGUUACAGCUGCCUCUUUCUUUAGCGCCAGAAUUUAUUUGUCCGUGCGACGCCACCUAAACGAACUUCACGGCGGGCAUUUGCAGGUACAACCAGCUUCACAUGACCGUCAAAUGGCUAGCGUUUUAAGGCUGAGGAAGUUUGCCAUCAUGGCAAUUUACGUUUAUCUCGUUUUGGUACUUUGCUACCUACCAGACAUUUGCCUUUUGUUGGUUAACGCCUUCACCCCUGGAUCGAGCACUGUUACGAAUAAUUUACUGUAUUAUACUAUGACGCUGGCGUUCCUUAAUUCAUCGCUUAAUCCACUGAUCUACUGCUGGAGGUUAAAACACAUCCGACAUACCACCAUUAGCAUACUACGAAAUGCAUUUUCAAAACACAGCUGA